ACUAUCCUUACACUAGGUUUAAUCCGUUUAUAAUGGUAACCCAGAAAAUUUAAAAGUAAAAAAACUGAGAAGUAGGUGUAAAAUACCAUGAAACCUAUGAAAUCACUGCUUUAUUGACAGAUGUAUGUUAAUUUGACAUUCUAACAAUUUCACUGCCGCUGUCGGUUUUAUUCAAGAACAAUCAUCUAAAUAAAUUUACAAAAAAUGAGCCAAAAACGAAGCCGUUCUAUCAACUGGAACGAAGAAGAAAAGCAAUUACUUCGUUCUGUCCUUAAACAAUAUUCUCAAAUUAUUGAGAAUAAAUCACUAAGCACAAAUACCAACACAAUCAAGACGAAAGCGUGGGAGGAAAUACAUACAAAGUUUAAUGAGUUGAAUAGCAGACCUCGUGCAUUAAGUCAGCUGAAACAUCAGUGGAAAACUAUGAAAAUAAAUGCUCGAAAAACAUAUAGCAUUUUUAAAAAAGAAGCUAAUAAAACCGGUGGCGGAGCAAGACCAACAUCUCCUAGCGAUGCAAUAAUUGAGGUGAAAGAUUUAUUGAAUCCUGCGGAGCUGUUGCGAGAUCAUAAUGUGUAUGAUUCGGAUGGUAUUAUAAUUGCUGAAUUUGAUAACCCAUCUACAAGUAAGACAUUCGCUAUCGAGGUUCAGGAUUCACCUUUAUUGGAAAAUAUACAGAAAACAAAUACAGCUAAAAUAGACAAUGAAAAUAUAGUUAUUUCUGAUGAUGACAUACCCGUAGCCACUACAAUGAAAAAAAAUGUACCAAAGAAGUUGCCCAAGCGACGGUUACUAGCCAGCAAUAACAUAAAACAUGGAAAUAAGACGAGAAAAGACCAUGGAGACUACGUAGAUAAUAUAAUAGAACAUAGCAAAAUGUUAAAGGAGGAUGAGCACAAAAGGCGUAUGGAAAUGGCCGAAGAAGAACAUGCCAUUAAGAUGGAGAUAUAUCGCCAACAACUGAAAAAUGUCUCAAUGGAGGCAGAAAUUUUAAAAAUAAAAAUAAGUUGUGAACAUUUUUAAAUAAAUUUAUAUUAAAAACAUGUGAAUUCAACCUUUUUAUUUACAUACUAGAAUAAGCUUCCUUCUAUUUGGCCU